CACUACGGAUACCUCUUGUUCAAAGUUCCUGACUAUUACAUUUGUUCCCACAGAGAACUAUUGCGGGAAUAUAUUCAGUAAUACUUACAUAUAUAUAUUUAUACAAGUACAAACGCAACAGCUAGGUUAGUGACGUUUCUGCUCGUUUCUGCUUCUCGUUCUAAUUUGGACUUCCUGAAAAAACACCUGCGGGAUUCAGGUAACUCCCCGAUGAAGAGGGAAGUCCUUGGGCAGUGAGCGGUGAAAAGUUUGUGCUGCCAGUAUGUGUUCCAGUCCAAGUAUUUGUGGGGGCAACAACCGUCCAAACAGAUCCAGCUCUGAAACCAGAGGUUCAGGUGCCCACUAUGCCCUGUGUGCCCUGGGAGUGGGACUCAUCGCCCUUGGGAUCGUCAUGAUAGUCUGGACUGUGAUACCUGAGGAUGCAUUGUCAGGUUCUACAAAUUCCACUUCCUUAGGUACUAAGCCUGAUGAUGAUGAAGAAGAAGACAACACAGAUCGCAGCAAAUCCUCAUCGGUGGCAUUGGUGCUCGUUGGAGUUGGGAUUGUCAUGCUGCUGUUGUCUAUAUGCCUUGGUUUGAGGAGUAAGAGGAGAGCUCGAAACCAAAACCAGUCAGCGACAACAGGAGAAGGUUUAAUGGACCACGUCGCAGGAGUGGAACAGCCGACUGUAGACCCAGAGGCGUAUAACGUGCCAAGUUAUGAGGAGGUUGUUGCCAGUGGCAACUACCCCGUUCGCCAGAGCAACCUGAGGCAGAGCACCUCACAGCUACCGUCCUAUGAGGACAUCCUUGCAGCUGUAGAAAAUGAGGGAUCACAGCCUGCUAACAACUCCACGGAGAACAGCCCUCUGAAUGACCAAGCCCCAGCUGGUGCUCAGCCCCCUGCAGAGCCCUCCGGCCUCACAUCACAACCCAGCCUGCCGACACGCAGCGCCAGCCGGGCCAGCCGACUGCUGAAGCCCCUCAGAGUAAGAAGGAUAAAGUCAGACAAACUGCACCUGAAAGACUUUCGCCUCCAGAUCCGCACCCCCACACAGAACCCAGUGACCAUUGAACCCAUCACUCCACCCCCAGGGUACGAGAACAAGCUGCCUGAAUUACAGUAAUGGCUCAUUCUUCUUUCCCGUUUGGUCAAUGGCUGAUUAAAAUCUAUGAAAUUUUCUAAUGGAUUUAGAGGACUGCUGGUAAUAUUUCUGAGAGCCUGUAAGAGCUCCAUGAAGUAGGUAGAUGUGCCAGUUGAGCAGGAUGAUGGAGGCAGAGGCACUCCGGAAAUGAAAAAGUUUCUGACAGACCUCUUUAUCCACAAAGCUCCCGAUUGGCUAAUAUUUAACACCUCUGACCAAAGGUAACCAUUUUUUAAAUGUAACUUGUGUCAAGUAGAGGACCGCAUUUCAGUUUUAUUUAUUAUUUGAAUAAAAUGCCUCUAAACACAAUAUGUUGUUGCUCUGUUAUGUCAAAUGAAACUGUAUGUUUUGAUCCAGUCAGAAAUUUAAAAUCAGUUAUCAGGUAGAUGUUUGGUUUGAGAUAUAAAACAACUGUGACAAAAAUGUGAGUAUGGAGAUUUAGUUAGUACGGUGAUAACUCUUAAUCUUUUUAUCUAAAAGAACUUAGUAAAAAUGUUGUCAUUCAUAUAGACAUUAGAAGAGGGAAAAGCUUUAAUUUUAAACUUGUGUAAGUAAUACAGGUUGAGACAUUUUUUUAAUAUAUAUAUAUAAAUGUUUUAAACCUUAAAGUAUGUAUAACUGUUUUAAAUAUUUUUAAGAAAUGGUGGCAAAUAAAAAGAUUUGUUUCUGUUAGGUUUUCUGUAAAUGUAUGUUGCAGAUGGGUAGUAAUACCUUUUUAAUGCUUAACUAUUGUACUUUUAAGUCUACUUUUUUCAUAAUUUGCAUGGUGUACCUGUAAACUGUGUAUAUAUAUCUAUAAAAUACAAAUUCUGUUUCACUUUUGCGUAGUAAAAUUAACUCUCAAAACUUUCGUUUUUUCAUUAUUUUUUUUUUCUCCUUCCAUAUAAAAUGUUUUAGUUUACUUCACUUUAGAUUAUUUUGGUAACUUUGCCGCCCUCUAGUGGUAUGAAUGUUAUUCUCACUGUUAUGUGGCUACAUUCUAAUGUGAAAGCGCAUUGUGAAAUGUCAGAUUUUUCUUUUAUAAUCUUUUUUUAACAGUGACCUACAUUAAAAGGUUGAAGGUUUUGUUAGAUUUUUUAUUUAGUUAUCUUGUGUUGCUCCAACAUUGAGGAAUGUUUCCUGCAGCUGGUUUAGUUUUUUUGUGAAAUAUCACUCUGUCUCAAUUCUUUUGUAAACUUUUUUUUUUUUUUUUUACUGGCACUAACACCUAACAUUGUUGGAAUAUGUGCUCUUUUUUUUCCCCCUUACACUUACCAGAAAGUUUAUUUUUGGUCUCAUCUAACCAGAGUUUCUUCUUCGACAUGUUUGCCAUCUCUCCUAAACUGCUUUUAAGCAACUCCUAACUUUACUGUUUUUGUCUUGCCACACCAUGGUGUCUUUUGGCUGCUUCUCUGAUUGAUAAAUUAUUUCUUUAAUCUGCUGGCUUAGGUAAUCAUUUCUUGCUAAAUUUGUAAUUUUGUUUUAUACUUUCCAGUUUCAGCUGAUAGAUUAAGGAGCGCCUUAUUCAACGCUUUUGACAUAAUUCAUCUGCUUUAGACUUUCUCACAUUGAGAUGAAAUUACUCAAAAGUGUUUACUAAUCUAAAUAUUAAGUGCAUUUUGAAGGUAGCCAUCUGGACUUAAUAAAUGUGUAAAAUGUCAGUUUUGCAAAGCCUGAAUAAGUGUUCGUGACACUUCUUUACAUUUGUAUAAAAAAAAAAGGUUAAUUAAUUGAAUUGUGUGUAUAUAUGGAUAUCCCAUAGUCAUCCUAAUGAAUCUAGAUGUUAUUGAAAAUUUCUUUUAAGUUGACAUAUUAGUUUUAAGCUUUGUUUCUGGUAUUUACAAUAUUUG